GGCCGUUCCCAUGGCGACGGGCCCAGCGGCCCGAGGCGCCGGGAGCUGCCGUUUCGGCCUCAGCUGGAGGCCCCGUUACCCGCCGGGGCAUGAGGCGGGGACGGGGCCGCUCUCAACCGCCUCCGCGGGGAGAAGAUGAAUACCUGCAAUAAACCUCCUAAUAAGACAGCUCCAGAGAACUUGGGCGAAGCUGUUCCUGAGGUGCAGGUCCAACGUGCUCGAAGGAAUGGCUGGAGCUUGCCUCUGCACAUUUUCCAGAUUAUUGCCUGGUGGCUGUACCUCUUCUUUGCUCUGGUUGGCUUUGGAAUCCUGGUUCCUCUCCUGCCCCGCCACUGGCUGCCCGCUGGCUAUAUCUGUCCAGGAGCGUGCUUUAUCUACCAUUUAGUUGUUCAUCUUACUGCAGUCUCCAUUGAUCCUGCGGAUGCAAAUGUGAGAGAAAAAAAAUAUCUAGGGCCUCUGGCUACCUUCAAUCGUAAUCAGCACCCCCAUGUCAUUGAAAACCAUCAUUGCAAUGUCUGUGAUGUAGAUGUGAGCGCCACGUCAAAGCACUGUGGAACUUGCAACAAGUGUGUGUGUGGCUUUGAUCACCACUGCAAAUGGCUCAACAACUGUGUGGGAGAGAGGAAUUACUGGCUCUUUGUGAAUAGCGUGCUGUCUGCCAUCCUGGGCCUCCUCCUUCUGCUCCUUGUGGCUUGCUACGUCUUCGUGCAGUUCUUCGUGGACCCCAUGAUGCUUCGCUCCGACCCGCGCUUUGAUGCUCUGAAGAACCACACGCACCGCUGGUUUGUGUUUCUUCCUGCAGCUCCUGUUGAGACUCGGGCAUCUGCCAUUUUGAUCAUGGCUGGGAUUUUUAUUCUUCUGGGCCUAAUGACCGUGUUCCUGCUGGGCCACCUCUUGGUCUUUCACAUAUAUCUCAUGUGGAACAAAUUAACUACGUAUGAGUACAUCCUGCAGCAGCGUCCCCAGCACGAGACGAAAGAGGUAGACAAGCAAAAGGAGUCUUGUCCCUCCCAGGAGAGACCCAGUCAGGAAGCAGACUUUCUUUCAGGUAACCCUGGCUAUACAGACCCUGCUAUUCAAGUAGAGGAAUUCUCAACAGUAGCUUCAGAAAAAAGCUUGUCAAAGCUCUAUGGCCACGACGACGAAGCUCCCCCCGAGCAGAGCUCCUCUCCUGACGGCCCAUCUCUUCACUUUGCAGUCCCUUCUCAGCAGCAGAAAAGCAGAAGAAAGAAGAUGCAUAAAGCUUCUUCCUCAUCAAUGGACGGCAGAACUAAAACACACACCAGACCUUGGCCCUCCUUCCCAGAUCCCCAGUCAGAGCUCCCAGCCACGGCUGUUGCCACCUCAUCUUCCCACAGCCAUCACCUCUUAGUGCCAGCUUUUCCUCUGAGAGCUGCUGUGCCCCCCAGCAGCAUCGGCCUCGUCCAGGCGGCGGGAACCCCAGCUGAUUAUCACUCAGAGUCCGCCGAGUCCAUGGAUGAGAUUCCUGUGGCUCAGACUCGCCUUGGGAGCACAGCCCUUCACAGGCCUCCUAAGAAUAACUCCAGCAACUCUCAACACUGUCCCUUGCCUGCAGACAAUCCCAGAGGUGACAGGAAGAAGAAUCUUUAUUCUGGGCACAAGGUAAAGAGGAAAAGCUGCCAGCAAGACAGACACGUGGAGCGGGACCUGGAGCUUUUUUCAAAGGUUCCUGCUGUGUUUGUAAGUAGGAGCAGUGGAGAACCUCACGUCUCCCAGCCCAGUGAGAGCACAUCUGAACCACACCACAGAAAAUGCACCAGCAAGCAGCACGUGGGCAGACAUGAUCCGUGCUCUGGGGACAUAAGGACAAACACCACAGUGGCCUAGUUACCCGCUUUCCAAAGCCAUAACCUUUGGGGACAAGGCAAGAGGUUCUCUUUCUAUGUGUAUGUUGCUGUUGAAAGAUCUUCACUCCAGUGACUCGUCUUUUUCCCUGGAGGUAGCAGCAUCCCUUUACCUGCUGCUGUCCAUCUUCCAGCAGAAGGAGCUGAGAGGCAGUAAAACUCCCGCUGCGUCAUCAUUUCUGGCUGCUGCCUCUUCCUAAGCCAAGAUUGCCCCAAACCCAGUUCUGCUUUCCUUGACAAGGGGGAGAAGUCUCCCCUGAUAGGGAUGUGACCAAGGCUGCCGACUGGUCAAGUACCCUGUGCUUGCCAUCCGAGUGCAGUGAGACAUUUCUCAUGCCCAGCCAAAGGCAAGAGGCAAUCAGGUGGCCAACCCUGAGGUAGGCAUGUUGCUAGAGAGAUCUCGAGUGCUUUUCCCCUCCUGGCCAUACCCUCCUGGCCCGCCGCAUGCUACUACUGCAGUAACUCUCUGGGAGGAGCAAGGCUGCAUCUCUGGUGUUCCCUGCACCCUGAAAACUAAAUUUCCCAUCUGCCUACACCCUGUCAGCCUAUGGAUCAUGCGCAGGGGCUUCAGCAGGUGCUCAGGGAGUAGCCUCAGGAUUCCCCUGUUCCCUAGAACCGCUUUCCACUGUGCGCCCUCAAGCCAAGCCCACCAGCACGUACUCUGUAAGGCAGCGUAGUUUGACCUGCUCCACCUUCCCAGCAGCGUGGGGUGUCCCACAGCUCAGCUUUUCCAUCAAAAACUCCCACAGGUUUCAGGACACAGCAGAUCCUGAAACCUUUCAAUUUCCUGGGCUGUCACAUCCACAUGAGUCCACGGCCAGGCCUGGAGUCCUUGUAUUGCUGAAAAAUCCCACAGCAGAUACCGGGGCAUGUCACCAGCACCCUGAGUCACGGCACCCUGUGCUGGUGCUGAGGAGCAGAGUGUGGUUUGGGCUGCCAAGCAACAGUGCCUGGGCUUUCCCUGCACCCUUGGCAUCUCCGUGAGCCUUGCCACCAGCAUGGAUGUGCCUGACACGAUUUGUCACCUGCACAGCCCCUGGCACAGCUGGCACCUUGAGCAGCUGGCUUGGCCAGAUGCACCAUUUCUGGACAGGCCCAGUAGAGAAGAGGAAGGCUAGGAAGUCUUUAUCACCCUACCAGAUAUUUUGAUGCAUGGAAACCACAACCAACCUUUCUCCAGACUACCAUGGGUGCAGGGAAGGACAAUACAAAGUGAGUCGAGUGCUCUGUGAGUCGAGCUAAGCUGUUCCUCCCCUCGCCUAGCUCAGUCUUGUGAGAAUUCAUCAGAAAUGGUUCAGAGCAGGACAGGAUAUUUGGGUACAAAUGCUCUUUGGGCACAGCCAGCAUGGGACAGGCAGGUUGGACUCCCAGCUUUAAGGUACACAGUUCCCAGCCUGGCUGUUGCCUGUCAUCCCAGUGCUUGCACUGGUUUCUGUGCUCUGAGGUCCACACAAAGUCAACUUCCCCUGGAGCUUUAGGCCCAGACAGUUUUACUUCUGGGGAGUUCACCAGCAGAGAGAAGCAGGGAGGUACCUGCUGUAUGUUGGAAGCCUCAGCCCAGUCCAGGAGCAUUCCCGAAUGCCAGCAGCCUGCCCAGCUCCCUCAGGAAGCACCCCAGCACCAUCACCUGGCCAACACCAUGCUGUGUGGUGGACAUUUCAAGUAGUGCUUGAAAAAAAAAAAAAAAAAGUGCUGUAGCUACUCCUGGAAACACAAGGUCCUUGCGGAGCUGAAGCUGGAGUAGGGGAGUCCUCCCUUUGAAGGGCUUAUGGGGUAAGUAUUGGCUCAGAGGCACUCCCUGGGACAGUCCUUGGGAAAUUCUGGCAAGGCAGCGUAGAUACCAUCACACUCCCCAGGCUGCUUCAGAAGGUGUCUCUCCAUCCUUCUCCGUUGUCUGAUUUUUGACUCCCAAAAGCUUGGGUGAGGAGCCUUGACUCUUCGUGGAAUUACGUCAUCGGCAAAAUUGAAGUCUCGUGUAGCUGUUGAAGUCAUUAUGUCUAAAUUUGCAGGAAGGGUUUACCUGUGGCCACGCUCCUUGCAGCUGUAGCAAGGUGGUGUGACCCUUUGGAAAAGCAGGCGUGUGUGGGACCAACCUUUGUGGACCAGCAGACAUGGCACUGGCUUGUCUGCAGAAACCAGGGCAUCUGCUGACUGGUGGAGCCUGGUUAGACAAAACCCUCCCAGAUGUUUCUCCUGAUGUUUGCUGUCACCUGAGAGAACUACACCCUGCAGUAAUGCUGGGCUCAGGGUUUUCAAAGGCCAGCUGUCCCUCCACCCAAAAGUCAUUGGUUAUUUCUCUCCAGCAGGUGCCCUUGAGCAGACUUCAUGUGUUUUCUUACCCUCUGUCCAUGCAGAACCAGUUCCAAAGUCAUUUAUGGAGCUCUUUAGUAGCUCUGUCCACAAUAAAUUUUUCUAUGCCCUUUGCUAAA